AUGGGGUUGAGAACGCUGGUUUUGAGAGUGGCUUUAGUGGCGUGCACACUGGGCGCAGCAGCCGCCCAAUUGAAAGCGCGUUGCGACAGCAAGUGCGGGAACGUGAGCAUCCCGUAUCCCUUCGGCACAAGAGAAGGCUGCUUCAGAGAUCCUUCUUUCCUCAUAACCUGCAACUCUUCCUCCGGAUUCCCCAUUCCCUAUCUGAGAAAAGGCAACAUCCGAGUUCUCAACAUCUCCCUGCACCCUGCAGAGAUGCGCGUCUCUACUCUCGUCCCUUAUGACUGCUAUUAUCCCAACGGAACCAAUCAUCGGCGAAAGAGUACUCUGACCCUUAAGAAGUUUGCCAUAUCCAAUACCAAGAACAAAUUCUACGUGGUCGGCUGUGACACCUACGCGUGCCUAAUUGGAAACGACUUUGCAACUGGCUGCGUCUCCGUUUGCAGUAACUUGACGCACAUGACGAACGGAUCCUGUUCUGGCGUUGGCUGCUGCACGACCACUUUCCCCCAAGCCAUUCGGAAUUUCAAUCUCAGUAUUGGUAGCUAUGAAAACCACACACACGUGCUGGCCUUCAAUCCUUGCAGCUACGCGUUUGUGGCGGAGGAUGGAUCCUUCAACUUUACCACCCAAGACCUGCUCAAUCUGCACAAGAGACCAACGUCUCCUGUGCUUCUCAACUGGGCUGUUGACAACCAGACAUGCGCCCAUGCCCGACAGAAUUCGAGCAGCUACGCUUGCAAAGCCAACAGUGAAUGCUAUGAAUCAGAAGCUGGUAUUGGGUACCUCUGCAGAUGUAAGGAGGGGUUCAAAGGCAACCCUUACCUCUCUCACCCGGAUUCAGGCUGCCGAGAUACCAAUGAGUGCGCCACUCAAAAACUUUGCAGUAUGAGAUGCCACAACUUGGACGGCAACUAUACUUGUUCUUGUCCCCCGGGAUAUAAAGGCGACGGUUACAUUCAUGGAUCCGGCUGCAAAUUCCCUUUCCUUGAAAUAUCAUUAGGAAUUAGUGUAGCCUUGCUGGUUUUUUUCAUGCUACUCUCCACGUUAUAUUGGGUGCACAGGCAAAGAACAAUGAAAAAAUUGCGAAGGAGAUAUUUUGAACAAAAUGGAGGAACUAUGCUGCAACAAUUUUCGCAAGGACAAGGAUACUCUGAGAGAACUAGGAUAUUUACUGAAAAUGAGCUUAAGAGUGCCACAAACAACUUUGAUGAAAGUAGAAUUCUUGGUCGAGGAGGACAAGGGACAGUGUACAUGGGUAUAUUACCAGACAAAACACUCAUUGCCAUUAAGAAGUCUCGAGUAGGAGGAGAUCCUAGACAAAUUAAAGAUUUUAUUAAUGAAAUGGCCGUUCUUUCUCAAAUCAACCAUACAAACGUAGUCAAAAUUUUGGGGUGUUGUCUUGAAACUGAAGCUCCUUUGUUGGUUUAUGAGUUUGUGGACAAUGGCACACUUCUUGAUCACAUAGAUCCUUUAAAGAAUGAGUUCUCUUUUUCAUGGGAGACUCGAUUGAGGAUAGCUGCAGAAACUGCUGAAGCUAUUUCAUAUUUACACUCUUAUGCUUCAAUUCCAAUUAUUCAUCGGGAUAUCAAAUCUGCUAACAUACUUUUAGACCAUAACCUCAAGGCAAAGGUAUCUGAUUUUGGAGCUUCAAGACUUGUUCCUCUUGAUGAAACUCAAGUUACCACAGUGGUGCAAGGGACACUUGGAUACUUGGAUCCAGAGUAUCUUCACACAAGCCAGUUGAAUGAAAAGAGUGAUGUUUAUAGCUUUGGAGUUGUACUUGUGGAGUUAUUGACAGGAAAUAAAGUAGUUGAAUUCAAUAGACCGGAACAAAGAAACUUGGCCAUGUACUUUGUGUCUUUGAUGAAAGAAGAUCGUUUGUGGGAAAUUCUUGAUAAAAGAGUAUUGGAUCAAAAGAACGCAGAGCAAUUGAAAGAAGUUGCUUUCUUGGCAAGGAGAUGUGUUAGAGUGAAAGGAAAGGAAAGGCCCACUAUGAAAGAAGUAGCAAUGGAACUACAGGGCAUGAGGGCAAUGGAAAAGCAUCCUUGGGUAAAGGGUGAGGAUCCAAUGUCGGAAGAAAGUGAAUACUUGCUGGGUCAUAUACCUGAUGGUUAUGAGGUAGCUAGUACAAGUAAUUCAGUUGCCAAUGAUAGCAUACAAAAGCAGAUUGCAUCCGAGAUUGCAAAUGGACGAUGAUAUACCAUUUGGUAUUCAUAGAUGUUGUAUUAUGUCCUUUUUGUUUCAUAGUUUAUACCUACUUUUACCAUGUUAUUGUAUUCUAGUCACUUUGAUAGAUGUUGUGAGUAAG